AUGGGGAACAAUAGCAGCUCCACAGUGGAUGAUCUGCAGGCUGUUGAGAUCCACCACUGGUACAAAAAGUUCAUGACAGAGUGUCCUUCUGGACAGCUGACGGAACAUGAAUUUAAACAGUUCUUUGGGCUUCGAGGGCUGGAUCCAGAGGCCAAUGAGUACAUUGAGCAGAUGUUCCGCACGUUUGAUAUGAACAAGGAUGGAUAUAUUGACUUCAUGGAAUAUGUGGCUGCCCUCAGCCUCGUUCUCCGUGGGAAGAUGGAGCAGAAAUUGCGGUGGUAUUUCAAGCUUUAUGAUGUAGAUGGCAAUGGCUGCAUUGAUCGACAUGAAUUGCUCAACAUCAUUAAGGCUAUUCGAGCUAUUAAUGGUGGUGACCAUGAAACUAGUGCAGAAGAGUUCACCAACCGAGUCUUCAACAAAAUUGAUGUGAAUGGAGAUGGUGAACUUUCUCUGGAUGAAUUUGUGGAGGGAGCAAGGAAAGACGAGGAGUUCAUGGAGGUUAUGAUGAAAAGUUUGGACCUGUCACACAUUGUGGCCAUGAUCAACAACCGUCGGCAUAGCGUAUAA